AUGGACGACAUAGCAGUAUACUGCUCUUGGGCUGAUGCACAACUCAAACAAGACUUCUCAUUUCUAUCGAAACUCCCAACUGAAGUCCGGGCUCUCAUCCUGCAAUCAACCGAAUGUCGAUAUUUUGACACAGUCGCACACGCCGCUCGAUCGCCUCGAUAUGCAGAUGCGCUGUUUCCGCUAUACAAAAUCCUCUAUCCAGAACUGCUUGCCCGAUGGACGGCCCAUUCUUCUCUAUUGAACUACAACGAAGCCAUUCAGACCAUUUCAUGUUUGGCCAGGGUCCUCCCGUUUGCCACAUAUCUUCGCCCUCAUAUCCGAAGACUUCUAGGGUCGGAUUCACUACGGACUCUUCUUCUGGAUGCUGGUGGCGCCACGUCUCAACUCGAUGAUGAAGUACUCCAUGCGCUCCUCCUUUCCUUGUUUCGCCUGCUUUCCUUCGAUCGAGACAUCCUGACCGGGACCGUCACUCCCGUUUUUCUAUCAUCAUUCCUCUAUCAUCCGCUCCUUCCAAUGAGAUACUUGGCCAUCCAAUGUUUAUGUAUGGUCAUGCACUUUGCGGAUGCCCUCUCCGAGAAAAUGGUUGGGAUGUAUGUUGGCACCGAACCCAUCUGGGCCCCAUGGGAAGAUAGAGAGAUUGAUUACCGCUUCCUCAAGCUCUGGGAAGAGGACCGGUGGAAUUUACUGGCCCACGCAAUAGCGGAUGUCGACAAACGCUGGCAAGCUUCGACACUCCCAUCUGAAUUGCGGACCUUGGACAGCAACAACCUUUCAUCCGAAACAGCUAGCCUCGGUGGAGUUCUUCUCCCUCGUUCAGGCGAUUUGAAAUCGCAACUCUCGACCUUUGUUCUCACGCCCACGGCGAAACGUAAUCUACGUCAGCUUGGUGAUUGCCUGUUAAAGGAAAAACCCAUACUACUCUCCGGUCAAGGGGGGUCAGGCAAGACUUCGCUAAUUCAUGAGGCUGCCAUGCUCCUGAACAAACAGUCAUCGAUGAUCACCUUGUAUCUUAAUGAGCAAACCGAUGCAAAGAGCUUACUGGGCGUGUAUACAUCCUCGGCUGACGGCGAGUCUUUCGCUUGGCAGCCGGGAGUCCUGACCAAAGCGAUACAAGAGGGAAGAUGGGUUUUGAUAGAAGACAUCGACCGAUCACCUGCGGAGGUGAUGGGUGUGCUUCGUCCUAUCCUCGAAAAUGGCGAGUUGUUCCUCGCAAAUCGCAAGGAGCGAGUCAAGCCAAAAGAUGGUUUUCGUGUAUUUGCUACCGUGAAGACCAGUGGGCGCUCUCCUUCAACCAAACCAUCCCGUUGUCCGUGGCUUCUAAGUCCUCGCUUGUGGAACACUGUCGAUGUCGCAGCCUAUCAGCCCGCCGAGAUCGAGAUGCUGCUCCGCGCACGAUAUUCUGCUGCCGAGGCUUUUAUCCCAGCAAUUUGGCGAAUCCACCAACACGUAUCUGAUUUGUAUACGGACCACCCUCGUUUCAAGUCCCUGCAAACUCGUCCGCCGUCGCUGCGCGACUUACUUAAGUGGUCACGAAGAAUAGUUCGAAGGAUUCGAGACCAUAAUCUCUUCUCGACGUCGGGGGCUCUACCUGAACAAAUCAAAUUCGACAUAUUCAAGGACGGCGUGGACUGCUAUGUAGGCUACCUCGACAACAAUGAACUCCAUGAGUUCAUCGCUGGCUCUAUUGCCCAAGACAUAGGAAUCUCGCCCCAGCAAAUGCGACACUGCUUGGAUGAGACGCCCAUAAGCAUUUCUGAGAGUAGCGCUUUUAUCCGGAUCGGUAGAAGCACGCUUGAGAAGGUCCCCGGUCGCCGCCAUAAACCUGCAAGAACAUCUUUGGCCCUUACCCAAUACGCCCAGAGAACAUUGGACAGCAUCUCAGCCACUGCAAGUUAUUCAGAACCCUGCCUUUUAGUCGGUGAAACGGGUGUCGGCAAAACAACAUUGGUCCAACACAUUGCCAAUCUCGUCGGUCAGAAGCUCACGGUGGUGAAUCUCUCGCAACAAAGCGAGGCAAGUGACCUUCUGGGUGGCUUCAAGCCUGUUACCACCCGCUCUGUGGUCCUCCCUCUCUUAGAAAAGUUCAACUCUCUGUUUGAGGAUACCUUCUCUACGAAAAGAAACGAGAAAUUUCAAACGGCCAUUGCGAAAGCUGUUGCGAAGCAGAAUUGGUCGAGACUGGCAAUCCUGUGGAACGAAGCUAUCCAGAUGGCAGCCGAAUCGUUAAAUGUGUCUUCGGAGCCUUCCAACGGAGUCGAAUCGGCUCAUGUGAGCAAACGACGGAAGAUCACCACGCCAAAAUACGAUACUUUGCGCAACAGAUGGUCCGAUUUCUCGGAGACUUUCAAGCGCGUUCGAUCACAAAUCGAUCGUGGUGACAAGAAUCAUACUUUUACGUUUGUGGAAGGAAGACUAGUUCAAGCAGUCCGCGAGGGCGAAUGGAUUCUGCUAGACGAGUUGAACCUGGCGUCACCCGACACUCUAGAUUACGUUGUAAGUCUUCUUCACAACGGCGAUGAGGAAAAGCCAUAUCUGCUCCUCGCCGAAUCAGGGAAUCUCGAGUCGAUAGUUGCACAUUCGAACUUUAGGAUUUUUGCAGCAAUGAAUCCCGCCACAGACGCGGGGAAAAAGGACCUUCCACCUGGACUGAGAUCCCGGUUUACCGAGAUCUAUGUCCCUCCUGGCGAUAACAACUUGGAAGAUCUUACAAAAAUCAUCCAGUCCUACCUUGGCUCUCAGCUUGAUAACGACAAACGAGCAGCGCUGGAUCUCGCAAAGGCUUACCUUGAUCUGAAAAAGCUCAAUGAAGAGCACCAAUUGACAGAUGGAGCGGGUGACAUUCCACAUUUCAGCAUUCGUUCGCUCGUUCGCUGCCUCUUGUACGCGUCAAGAUACAGUGCGAGUCAUGGUCUGAGACGUGCUAUUUAUGAAGGAUUUGCCAUGAGCUUUUUCACCAUCCUCAGCAGAGCAUCUGAGAGCCUGGCUCUGCCGUUCCUUGAGAAGCAUCUUUUAUCAAGCAUCAAAAACCGAAAAUCCUUCCUCAACCAGGAACCCAAGAUGCCCUUCGACGGCGGAGAAUACAUUGCUUUCAGACAUCAUCUAGUCAAGAAAGGUCCUCUGUCACCUGAUUCUCAACCGCACUAUAUCAGGACGCCAUCGGUGGAACGCAAUUUGCUCAAUUUAGCUCGAGCAGCCUCGAUGCGACGCUUUCCAAUCCUUCUGCAAGGCCCGACUUCUGCCGGAAAGACUAGCAUGGUAGAAUAUCUUGCGGCGUUGUCUGGUAACAAAUUUGUACGGAUAAACAACCAUGAGCACACAGAUCUCCAGGAAUAUCUUGGUAGCUACGUUUCAGAUUCCGAUGGCAGGUUACAAUAUCAGGAAGGAGUUCUGCUGGAUGCUCUUCGAAAGGGUCACUGGAUUGUUCUUGAUGAAUUGAACCUGGCUCCAAGCGAUGUUCUUGAAGCUCUAAAUCGUUUGCUCGACGACAAUAGAGAGCUUCUCAUACCGGAAUCUCAGGAAAUUGUGCGACCUCAUCCAAACUUCAUGCUAUUUGCAACACAGAAUCCGGCUGGCUUAUACGGCGGACGAAAGCGCCUUUCGCGGGCUUUCAGAAACCGCUUUCUCGAACUUCACUUCGAUGAUAUCCCCGAAGAUGAGCUGGAGGUCAUUCUGCGAGAGCGGGCGCAAAUUGCACCAUCUUUCUGCACCAAAAUUGUCGCGGUGUAUAAAAAGCUAGCUCUUCAAAGACAGUCUUCAAGAUUGUUUGAACAGCACAAUAGCUUUGCGACCUUGCGUGACCUUUUUCGGUGGGCUGCAAGGCCUGUGGAUGACAGACAGCAGCUAGCCUAUCACGGAUUCAUGCUCCUGGCAGAGCGUGUAAGAGACCCUGCAGAGCGAAUCGUUGUUAAGAAAACGAUCGAAGAGACCCUGAAAGUGGAUAUCAACGAAGAACUACUCUAUGGUCUAUCCGCAGUUCCCGAUUCCGUUCAACAGCCCGGUCUUAUUGUUUGGACUCCCGCAAUGAGACGACUUUUUGUGCUGGUCUCCGAGGCCCUGAAGAACAACGAACCCGUCCUUUUAGUGGGAGAGACGGGCUGCGGAAAAACCCAAAUUUGUCAAGUCGUCGCCGACGCAUUUGGCCGACCACUUGAUAUUUACAAUGCCCAUACCAAUACUGAAACCGGUGAUCUGAUCGGCUCUCAGCGACCAGUUCGCAACCGCUCCGAUCUCGCUAGCCAGAUAGGAGAGAUUUGGCGUGCUAUGCUGGGAUCCAAUUCAAAUACCGCCCUUAGUAAUAACCUCGAUGUCGACAAAAUAAUCGAGGAAUUUGGAACAUUGGACCAGUCAAUGUAUGAUCCCGAAAUUGUGGAAAAGAUGCGGUCCAACAUUGGAGCGUAUAAGGCCCUGUUUGCCUGGAACGACGGCAGUCUGGUCAGAGCUAUGAAAAAGGGGGAGUUUUUCUUGCUCGACGAGAUCUCUCUUGCUGACGACUCGGUCCUGGAACGUCUAAACAGCGUCCUUGAACCAUCACGAACAAUCUUGCUAGCCGAAAAAGGGUCCCUGAACAAUCUCGUUGUUGCCAAUCCAGGGUUUCAAUUCCUUGCUACGAUGAAUCCAGGCGGCGAUUAUGGAAAGCGAGAGUUGUCGGCAGCGCUGCGCAAUCGGUUGACGGAGAUAUGGGUACCACCAUUAUCGCAAGAGGCAGAUGUAGUCCCAAUUGUCCAGAACAAGCUGCACCCGACAAAGCGUCACUUGGCCGGAAUCAUGCUCGGGUUUGCCACUUGGUUUCGGAGCAACUUCAGGGACACAAAUUCGACCACUAUUCCACUUCGCGAUUUGCUGGCAUGGGCAGAUUUUGUGAACCGUGCUCAAAAUCUGAGUGAACAGGUCGCUUUUGUCCAGGGUGCCUUCAUGGUCUACGUCGAUUCGAUCGGUGCAAACCCAGCCGGAAUGGCGUCGACCGGUGCCACCGACUUGAACGGGUCAAGACACCGAUGCUUGGAUCAUCUGCAAACUCUGGUCAGCAUCGACGUCUUCCAAACGUACCAGGAAACACCCCAGCUGAGCGUGAGUGAUGACCUGCUCUUCGUUGGUCCGUUCUCCUUGAAUCGAAGCAGUCAUCCGGUGCAGGGCAGUCCAGAUCUUGUUUUUGAUGCACCCACGACUUUGCAGAAUACGAUGAGAAUUGUCCGCGCUCUUCAAAUGACAAGACCCAUUCUGCUUGAAGGAAGCCCUGGUGUCGGAAAGACCGCUAUUGUGACUGCUCUUGCUCAAGCUUUGGGAAGACCAUUUACUCGCAUUAAUCUCUCGGAUCAAACUGACCUGAUGGAUCUCUUCGGGGCCGAUGCUCCCUCUGAAAACGAACAAAUGGGGAAGUUUUCCUGGCAAAAUGGUCCCCUAUUGGAUGCCAUGCAAUCAGGAGGCUGGGUCCUCCUCGAUGAAAUGAACUUGGCUUCACAAUCUGUUCUGGAAGGUCUCAAUUCGUGCCUGGAUCACCGUCGGGAGGUCUAUAUUGCGGAACUGGACAAGUCUUUCACAUGCCACCCAGAUUUCACUUUGUUUGCUGCCCAAAAUCCUCAUCAUCAAGGUGGUGGAAGAAAGGGUCUUCCAACUUCAUUCGUCAAUCGAUUCACCGUUGUCUAUGCAGAUGCAUUCCAGCAAGAGGACCUGAUGUGCAUCUGCCGGGCAAAAUUCCCCAAUAUGCCAGAUGAUCAAUUCCGAGGCGUAAUCAAAACCGUCGCUAAGAUCGGGUGUGUUGUUGCCCAGGCGGCGCUGUUCACUCAAGGAGGCCCUUGGGAGUUGAAUAUACGUGAUGUCAAUCGAUGGUUGGCAUUAUGUGGAGAUCAGCCGACACUUCACCCCUUUUAUCAUUUCAAUACCAUUGUAAAAGGGCGUUUUCGCACGUCUGCCCAAAGAGAUUUUGUGUCGGAAGUGUGCAAGGACAUUUCGUCGUGUUCGCCGGCUGAGAGCUUCUACAACCGUAUCACGCCAACAUCGCUCCAGAUCGGGUCUGCAUUUCUCAGCAGAGACACUAUGUUCCAGCACACCAAGGUCCCCCACUCGACUAUCCCUGUGACACAACUUCCUGUUGCCAAGUCCAUAAUCACUGCCAUUAACAAAAACUGGCCCGUGAUUCUUGCAGGACCUUCUGGCUCGGGGAAGAGCACUCUCAUUCGGUCUAUUGCGGCCAUGUCUGGUGUUGACCUCGUUGAGUUCUCCAUGAACUCUGACGUCGACACAAUGGACCUCGUUGGCGGCUUUGAGCAAUACGAUGUUCGCCGUGAUAUGCUGAUUUUCCAUGAUAAGGUCAAAGAAGCUCUCCGACAACGAAUUGCAGCCUCGAUAGGGGAUCAGGACAUUGGUGAGAUGCACACCAAGUCGCUCAGAUUAUGGCAGAUUUUGGAAACCGGCGAUAUUGAUCUGUCGAAGCUUCGAGCCACGUUGCCGACUGUCUUGAGCAUUGUACCGGAACUUAAAGGUUCGGUAGAAGCGCUUUCGUCUCUUCUCCACUCAUCAGAAAACUUGAAGUCCCGCUUCGUCUGGAAUGACGGUAUUCUUGUCGAUGCUGUGGAAAGAGGCUCAUGGCUUGUUCUUGACAAUGCAAAUCUAUGUAACCCAUCUGUUCUAGACAGACUCAAUUCACUUCUCGAGCCAUGCGGCUUGCUUGCUAUUAGCGAGCAACAUAGUGGCAGCAGCGGUACCAGGAUCGUCAAGCCACAUCCAAAUUUCAGGAUUUUCUUGACGGUGGAUCCUUGUUAUGGAGAGCUGUCACGAGCAAUGAGAAACCGCUCAUUGGAGAUCUUCAUGCCUAAGGCCAAUCCCGAUCACCUGGAAACGGUGGCUAUUCAAUAUCCAUGUGAUUCGGCAGUUAGUCGCCUGAGACCCCUGUCUGAGGCUGCGAGCAAGAGACCUACUAAAAAUACGAUUGAUGCCUUUGUUGAUCACCUAUCUAUCAGAGACAUGACAAUGAUCUCACCCGGGAAGGACUUUGUACCUCGGUGCGGUGGCGGAGAACAACUUGCAUUGGAAUUGAGCAAAUGGAAUUCACCUGACACCAGCAGAGUAUACCAGAUGUUCUCGAUUCCGGAAGCCCUUGACGACGCUAGUCUGCCUCAGUUAGUGACCCUCAAUGAACCACUCACUCUUCUCGGAGGUCUACCCAACUUCGAUUCCGCACAUUCCAGUUCCGCCGAGCUCGUCACCCUUACCUGGUAUACGAAUAGACGUCUGAGAGACAUCAAAGCCAAGUUAAGGGAUGCGACCAUUCAAGCCAUCACGGUGCCGGCUAGAGACCGAACAAUCCUUGAAAAAUCAGCCAUUAUUGCAAACGGAACAGAGAAUCCUGAAGCCAUUCCAGAGAUUUUUCUUUUCGCUAACAGUUUGAUUCAGGAGAUCUCUGUAUCCCUGCUAGGUCAGCCUCAGGGGAUCAUAAGCCCACAACUGCUGGAAGCGGCUGAUCGAACACUCAUAUUGACUCAGGAUUUGGUACGGCUCGGUGACGCCAAAAAGUUGGACGUUGCGUGCUUCCAAGCAUACUUGCAGAUCGGAGCCACACUGGCUCGUUUCAUGGGAGAGACCGUUCGAGGCUUAGCUUCCACGCUCCAGGCGCUCCUAGAUAGGCUCUCUGCACACAAAAGCAGGUUAAUCACGGGACUCGGGCUUCAACUCAUGUGGCAAACAUUCCGGCCGAAGACAGCGGGAACCGCAUCUCAAUUGGAAACGCAACUUGCGUUAGAAGGGCUUAUUUCCCGGUUUGACUAUGUCUGUCGUUCCUUGCCUCAGCCCAGAACGUCAUUAUCGGCUCUGAGAUCGAAACUACGGCUCACGUACAGAUCGAUCGUUGAGUCUGAGCAACCUGAGACAUCUCUCUCGGCUCUUCGAGAAGCUGUGGCUGAGCUCGAACACCAGUCGGCAAAGGGCUUUUUCCUGGAAGGAAAAUUCGAGAAUGUGAUGAAUUAUAUAUACCAAAUCGUCAGACUAAAAGCCCGGAGGGAUGAUCAAGCGGAGUUAGAAACGCUGGCAAUGUUCAUACCUGAAUCCGAAAGAAAUAUGCUCAUCAUCGAGGACGACACAUCAGUUGCUGCGUCAUUGAGUCAGCUUGCUUCAAUGAAUCUUUGCCUUCUGACAGAUCAAGAUUCUACCGGACUGGACCUUUUCAAGCAAUUGUCCUCUGUUCAAGAGCAAUACAUUGGUAUACUAGACCAUGCAAAAGAAGAGUUACUCGAGCUCGCUAAGGUCACAACUUCACAUACAACUGCUUUUGAGACGGAUACGAUCACGCUCAUCUUGAUUGAUGCCUUACGAACCGUCCUCUCCGGCAUCGUAUCUUCACAUUACGAAUACCUGACGAAGGAGGCAAGAUUGUGCUUCUCUUCACAGAAAUCCCUGGACCUGAAUCAACUUGCCAGACUGCCCGCUAACAAGGUUGUUCUCGGCGGACGAGACCAAGAUUUCUUCAGGGAGAUGUACCUCAGCCGGAUUUAUCCAACGCUUGUGCUACUUCAAAAGGAAACACAAUUUGGACUGCCGGAACUCCAAACAUGUCUUAUUAGCUUGUCCCUUGCUGGCUUGUUUCUGCUGGUACCCAAUCAAAUUUUUGAUCCCGCUAUCCUUCCGAAUCUUGUGAUCCAGCAGCAUGAACGCCGAAUUACUGAGCUCGAGUCGAUAAUUGAUGGACAAAAGAGACUUCAUGAACAGGUCAUGGGACAGGAUACCAGCUUUGUCAUUCGAGUCCUGCAGAAAGAACUUCUUGAAUUAGGAAAUGCUCCUCCACCGCCGACAGUUUUCAGACCGACGAAGUCAGAGCUUCCGAAGCUUCAAGAAAUAUUCAAGAGCAUUGUGAGUUUGAUUACGGAUGAACGGACUUUUCAGCCGUUAAAUAAACGGACCAGCCAACAAGGAAAGUCAAAUCUAGCCGCUAUUGUCCGACGCUUGGAGAGUUCAAAUCGAGCUUACGAUGAUUUUGUGAAGCCUAUCUCGUGGUUCUUGAAGUGCUUGUCUUUUGGAUUGCAACUUCAGGAAACAUUAUCAACCCAGAAUGGUCGUGACAACGCCACUCUCAGUUAUAUUCCCAUACUAGCUGUUGGCAAAGAGGGUUUACAAGGAUGGAGUGUUCCAGUCAAGGCAACCUCGGUUUUGCGAUUUCAAUGGCUCGAGUAUCUGGGAUUAAAGAGAACCAUCGGGUGGAAGCAAGACUCGACAUCAAUCAGAGACCUUAUUCGACUCUUGGACGAAUUUUAUGAUGAGUGGAAGGCUCGAUUGACCAAGGAUCAAGCUGAAGCUGCGAUACAGUCUCGCUACUACACUUAUCGUGGCAACGAUGAGAAUCAAGAAGAAAUGGCAAUCCGCGAGAUGGGCGAGAUGUUUCCUAAAUUUGAGAGUGAGGACCCAGAAUUCGGGAGAUUCGAAGCUACAUAUGACGCCCGAGCAACCGCUGUGAAGCUGUGCCAGUUGCACCAGAAACUCUACUCCACUCAAGAUCCCCAAGAAGCAUUGCGAGAGUUCGCUCUUCGCGCUUUGGAUACUAUCUCCAAAUUGAAAAAUGAUGAAUCUGCCACUCCUAAUGCGAAUUUAACCGAGAUGCUACCUGGCAUUUUAUUGCAAAUGGAGACCAAGAUGGCGGAAUUGAAUGGCACUUUGCAGCGCCAGGAUUUUAACAUCUACACCGACUUCGAUGUCUCAGAAAGCCAAAAGCUCUACAACGUAGUAUCUCAGUUGCAAUCAAGAUUCCGCGCAAUCCAGGAAAGAUGGCCAGAGCAUGCCGUACCUGCGGAAGUUCUCUCAUUCUCCAGGGAAAUUUUGCAUCUGAGCAUCGGUGACCCUGUGGCGAAGCUUCUCAUGAAGACCGAGAAGCUCUAUGAGAUUGUAUCGCGGUGGCAAAGUGUCGCCAGUAGAGAAUGGUCGGUCAGUCCCCUUCUCGAGAACUUGUCAACGUUGAUCAUCAGCUGGAGGCGUUUGGAACUCCUUUCAUGGUCCGGGCUUUUGGAUCAAGAGAAGCGGAAACAUGAAGAAGAUGCUUCAGCUUGGUACUUUGUUGCCUACGAAGCAGUCAUCUACAACUCCACGAGGAUCCCGAGGAACGGCGAGAGUGUUCAGUCUUAUUGCCAAGAUCUCGCACGAACACUCGAGGAGUUCUUCAAGACGACAACUUGGGGCCAAUACUCGUCACGAAUAAGACUUCUCGAGACGCUCAAUAAGACACUGGCGGACUUGGCUAGCUAUCAGGAUUAUCUGCUUCCACUUUGCGCCUGCGUCACCAACGUCAUUGUGCACCACCGAAGAUAUGAGGCUCACAUUGAAACUUCUCACCAAAAUGGCCGGUCAGAGCUCGAGAAGGCCUUGAAGGAGCAGAUCAAAUUGGCGAGCUGGAAAGAUACAAACGUGACAGCGCUUCGUGACAGCGCGCGGCGAUCACAUCACAAGCUGUUCAAAAUUGUGCGAAAGUAUCGGGGCCUCCUCAAUCAAGUUGUCCCCCCGCUCAAGUCAUCCGGAGACUCUGUAUGGUACACAGCGACAGAUAAAGCUGGUGUACCGCUUCAACAGCCUCAGGACAAGGGAGAAGAUAUGGCAACGGCGGUCAAACACUGUGAGCGCGUCAUUGGCGACUGGAAAACACGACCGGAGCGCUUGACCAACCCCAUGAUGUCAGUGAGAAGUAUGAGUCGUCUGUACCUGUCAAAGGGUACCGAGCUUCAAGUCCAUUUAGAAUUGGCGGCCUUCCGAGACGACUUGGUCCAGGUAAUCAAGGAGUUAAGGACUCAAACACCACAAACACUGACCGACGAAAAUUCGUCCCUCGUCCGGCACCUGCAAGAGAGAAAGCGACGGCUACUUGCAGACACGCUCAAAGAAGUUGCUCAAAUGGGCAUCAGAAGGAAUCUUCCCAGUUCUGCGCUUGAGAAGCAAUCUUCGCCCGCUGUAAUCCUGGCCUCGUCCCCUGAUGUGCUCAUGAACGACUCUUCCCCCACUCUUUCCUGCGCCGACGAAAGCUUCCACGGGGUGCUUGAUGCUAUGUCUCAAGUUCGCGCCAGUCGGACUGAUCAUUCUGAAGAUGUCACAGAAGGUGAAGUUAGUCGCAGUGUCGGUCUGUUGGAAGGCCUUCUUUUCGUGACCAUCGGCCAACGCCAGGAGAUCGCCUCCUCCGCAGAAUGUCUUCACGAUCUGAAAUCGCAAUUGUCGUUACUUCGGUCGGUCAACACUUAUGCAUCGAACGAGCUCUUGUAUUCCACUGGACUAGAAGAGUUUGACCCGUCCUCGGCGGAGCAUCUCGGGUGGCUUGCCGAAAUCUUGGUUUUGGCGUGCCACAUCCUAAACUUCCAAGCCCAACAUGCGCACUUGAACGUCAAGGGGUUGGUGGACUCAAUGAGAUCCUACAGCAGCCGAUUGAAAGAGUUCAGGAUGACCAUGGAGAAUCUCCCAGGACUACCAUCGGGAUUGAUAUCGCAAACUUCAAAAAUUUUACAAGAUCGGGCCGAGGAGACCCUUUCGCAACUGGGCUCCCUUCUGAGUGAGUGGCAAAUUAAGGAGCCUCUUGUCCGGUUCAUUCUCCAGCAGAUCAUCCCCUGGACUGCAGAGUUACCCAAGACGCAAAGUUCGGCUCAAAAUGGGACUGGCCACGUCACGGUGCAAUCCUUCGACCACGACGUCCGAACCUUGGUCGAUCAGAUUCUUGUGGCAUUGCAAAGACUAUCUUCUGUACAAGAUGGUAUGCCAAACUCCAUUGAGGAUCAAGGCUGGCUCUCAACAUGGGACCGAAUGGUGGUGGAGGCAAUUCGUUCAAUGCAAGCCAGCACCAUCAGCGACAACCUGAAAUCUCUGUUGAUUACCCUUCGCCAUGUGGUACCAGAAGAUCGGGCCACUGCCAAAAGUCUCCUGCUGGUCGCAUCUCCUAUUAUCGAACAAUACUAUUACAUCUACCAACACCUCCAUAAACAGCACACCGAAAGCCAUCUUGAAGUAUGUCGACUUACCCUUCAAUUGGCGAACUCUUUCAUUACCCUCUCAAGCCAAGGUUUCUGUCGUCCGUCUGACCCGACCGACGACGAAGAGCCAUCUGGUAAGCUCGAAAGUGGGACCGGGCUUGGCGACGGCGAAGGUGUCGAGGACAUAAGUAAGGAUGUGGGAGAUGAUGAAGAUUUGUCUGACCUUGCACAAUCGGGCCAGAAAGAGGAAAACAAUGGGGAGAGUGAAAAUGCAGAUGAUGCGGUCGAUGUGGGCAGUGAUGAUCUCCAAGAAGCGAUGGGAGAUUCGGAGGAACACCCAUCCGACCAAGGGGACGAUCGUGACUUUUCUGGAGAUGAAGACGAGAAUGAAAUGGAUGAAGAGACGGGCUCGGUUGACGAUCUUGAUCCUUCUGCCGUCGACGAAAAAUUGUGGGAUGACAUGAAAAGCGACUUGGAGAACGACAAAGAAAUGCAGAAUGAUGAGAAGAAGGGUCAGAAGUCUCAUGAUCAGACCGCUGCGGAUGGGGAGAAAACCGAAAAAGAAGAUAUGGAGGGAAGUGACGUGGACGAAGAUGCGGACGAAGAUGAUGAUCAAGAUGAGGGAGCGGAACGCCCUGAAGUUGAAAAUAUGGAUCCCCAUUUGGACAAUGAAGAGGCUUUGGAUCUUCCAGAAGAACUACAAUUGGCAGGGGAAGACGAGAUGAAAGAUGACGAAAUCUCAGAUCAUGGUAUGGAUGAACUAUCAGAUAUGGACAACCCUGCAGAAGAGGAAGUUGAAAGUGGAGAGAUGGGGGAGACUGAGAGAGAGGAUCAGUCCUUAGGCGAGGGUGCCGCAGACGAGGAAAUUGGUGAAAAAGAAUAUGAGCUGGAAAAUGAUUUUGGGCAGGACGACGAGAUCAUGGAAGGUCAACCCGAAGAACCGGAAGACGAUAAGCAAGAUGGCCAUGAUACCCGUGAAGACAACGUGGCUCAAGAUUGGGGCGAAAAUGCUGGAGGUGAAUCCGGAGCUGCUAAUGAACUACAUGAUACGAUCGACCCGGAGCAAAAUAUCCAAGGAAUGAAUCAAAUCGAGAAAGAAGCCAGUCUCCAGCAAUCUCGACCUGGCGAUGCACCUGAAAAUCAAGAGCAAGGCCAGUCCGGGACGGAGGCGACCGAGCCGGGCACGGGUCGUACCGACACCAACGAAUACGAACAGAACGAAGCGCUGAAAAAGCUGGCACAUGUACUCGAUCAAUGGCAUGAACGACGUGAGAUUCUACCAAUGCCAGAAGAACAACAUCAAAAAGACCAAAACCAAGACGUGGACAUGGCAGGUGCUGAUUUCGAACACGUCAAUGAUGAGAAUGCAGGAGACGCACAAGCUCUGAGUGCAGCCGCUGCCGACCAAGCUCAAAAUCUUGAUCAGAGCAAAGCAAUUGAAGAUGAUGAUCUGUCCAUCAAUGAAGACACAUAUCUUCCUAGUGCCAUGGAGUCAGAGCUGCCGGACAGCAUCACAGAGAGACUCAACCGUCUUCAAGCCCAGCCAAAGGGGACCCAGUCAGGAGAGGCUUCCUUUGUCCCCGGCCAUCAAUGGCGGGACAACAAGCGAGAACACUGCACAGAAGAACCCGGUGUUAAUUCGGAUGAUCUCUCUCCGGAUAUCGAACGGCUCGAUCUGGCCCAUAAUACAGAUCUACCUUCUCCCCCAACUAGCGCUGUUGACGCAGCCCAACUCUGGAACUACUGCUCGACCACAACGCACCAAUUCUCAGUCGUCUUGGCCGAACAGCUUCGCCUCAUCCUGUCCCCGACAACAGCGACAAAACUCCGCGGCGACUACCGUACAGGCAAACGACUCAACAUCAAACGCAUCAUCCCAUACAUCGCCUCGAACUAUAAGAGGGACAAGAUCUGGAUGCGGCGCUCCGUGCCCAGCAAGCGCAACUAUCAAAUCAUGAUCGCGGUCGACGACAGCAAAUCGAUGAGCGAGUCCAGCGCAGAUAUCCUUGCAUUCGAAACGCUUGCCAUGCUCACGAAGGCCCUCUCCAUACUCGAGGUCGGCGAGAUCUGCAUCGUCGGCUUCGGCGAUCAAGAGCACAUCCGCGUCGCCCAUCCGUUUGGCACGCCCUUCUCCCCCGCCGAAUCCGGUAUCGGUGUCUUCCGCGCCUUCAGCUUUGCGCAGCGUGGCACCAAUGUGAAAAAUCUGGUAAGGGAGAGUCUCCAGCUCUUCCGCGACGCGCGUAUCAAAGCCUCUUCCGGCACCGAGGAUCUCUGGCAACUUCAACUCAUCGUCAGCGACGGGCACUGUUCAGAUCACGGGGCCAUCGCGCGCCUCGUCCGCCAGGCCCACGCGGAGAAAAUCAUCAUGGUCUUCGUCAUCGUCGACGCUAGCGCUGGGAGCGAGAGUAUUCUCGAUCUCAAGCAAGCAGUUUUCGAACCCGAUCUGGACUUUGCUGAUGGUGAAGGACCGGCAAAAAUGACCGUUCGCACAAAGAGAUACCUUGACGAUUUUCCGUUCCCGUAUUACCUUGUUGUCAGGGACGUGAGGGAUUUGCCUCGUGUGUUGGCGUCGGCGUUGAAAGGGUGGUUUGCUAGUGUGGUUGAUGUUCAGGGCUAG